AGAGCAAAAUCGCCUCAUUGCUUUACACGGCUACUGCCAUGUCUCCCGCAUACUGAGCAGGACGGAGGGCUAGCGGGACAGGACUGUUGUAGGCUCUGAAUUUCCGAAACCACUAGUUAGCGGAUAACCUACACGGCAGUCAUCAUGUUGGUGGAUUUUGAGAAGCUGCGGAUGGCGGGCGCUGGAAAAGCCAUCGCUGUUCUGACUAGCGGUGGAGAUGCACAGGGAAUGAAUGCAGCUGUUCGUGCUGUAACACGCAUGGGCAUUUAUGUCGGCGCCAAGGUCUAUCUGAUCUAUGAGGGCUAUGAAGGGCUUGUGGAUGGAGGUGACAAUAUCAAAAUUGCCAACUGGCAAAGCGUGAGCAACAUCAUCCAGCUGGGUGGCACGGUGAUUGGCAGUGCCCGUUGUAAGGCUUUCACCACAAGAGAGGGUCGUUUGGCAGCUGCUUUCCACCUGGUCCAGAGGGGCAUCACUAACCUCUGCGUGUGUGGUGGAGAUGGAAGCCUCACUGGAGCCAACAUCUUCCGCAAGGAGUGGAGUGACCUGUUGGCCCAGCUGGUGCAGGAAGGGAGAAUCACCGACUCCUUGGCUCAGCAGUACACCCAUCUGAACAUUGUGGGCCUUGUGGGUUCCAUCGAUAACGAUUUCUGCGGCACAGACAUGACCAUCGGAGCUGACUCCGCCCUUCACCGCAUCAUGGAGGUCAUCGAUGCAAUCAGCACUACUGCACAGAGUCAUCAGAGAACAUUUGUGCUGGAGGUGAUGGGACGACAUUGUGGAUAUCUGGCUGUGGUGUCUGCUCUGGCCUCUGGUGCUGACUGGGUCUUUAUCCCUGAAGCUCCCCCAGAGGAAGGGUGGGAGGACCACAUGUGUGCCCGCCUGGGAGAGAGCCGCAGUAAGGGCUCUCGCCUCAACAUUGUGAUCAUCGCGGAGGGAGCCAUUGAUAAGCAUGGCCAGCCCAUCACCUCUAACUACGUGAAGGACCUGGUGGUGCAGAGACUGGGUUAUGACACUCGAGUCACUGUCCUGGGACACGUGCAGAGGGGAGGGACACCCUCUGCCUUCGACAGGGUGCUGAGCAGUAAAUUGGGAGUAGAGGCUGUCGUGGCUCUGUUGGAGGCCACUCCAGAAACCCCUGCCUGUGUGAUUGGACUGUCUGGUAACCAGGCCAUGCGCCUCCCUCUAAUGGAGUGUGUCAAUAUGACAAAGGAGGUGCAGAAAGCCAUGAAUGAGAAGCGUUUUGAAGAAGCCAUUCAGCUCCGUGGAAAGAGCUUUGAGAACAACUGGAACACCUACAAGCUUUUGGCCCAUCAGAAACCUGCUCAAUCAAAAAGUGACCACUCCAUGGCCAUUCUCAAUGUGGGUGCUCCUGCAGCAGGGAUGAAUGCAGCUGUGAGGUCAGCGGUCAGAGUGGGUCUCGCCCAGGGUCUCCGAGUCUACAACAUCAAUGACGGGUUUGAAGGUCUGGCCAAAGGCAUGGUGACUGAGGUGCACUGGCAUGAUGUAGCAGGCUGGACCGGCCAGGGAGGGUCACUGCUUGGGACUAAACGAACACUCCCCAAAUCCUGCAUGGAACAAAUAGUGGAGACUAUCAGCAAAUACAAUAUACAGUCCCUUCUGGUGAUCGGGGGAUUUGAGGCUUAUGAGGGAGUUCUGCAGCUGGUGGAGGCUCGGGGGCAUUAUGAUGAACUCUGUAUUGUAAUGUGUGUGAUUCCUGCCACCAUAAGCAACAACGUGCCAGGCACAGACUUCAGUCUGGGAGCAGACACGGCCGUCAACGCUGCUAUGGAGAGCUGCGACAAAAUCAAACAAUCCGCAUCCGGCACCAAGAGGCGUGUCUUCAUUGUAGAGACCAUGGGGGGAUAUUGUGGUUACCUGGCAACCACCACAGGCAUUGCUGUGGGGGCAGAUGCAGCUUACAUCUUUGAAGAAUCAUUCAACAUCCAUGACUUGGAGAUGAAUGUGGAGCAUUUGACAGAGAAGAUGAAGAAUGACAUUCAGCGAGGCCUGGUGCUGAGAAAUGAGAAGUGCCACAAACACUACACAACAGACUUCAUUCACAAUCUGUACUCAGCUGAGGGCAAGGGUAUCUUCGACUGCAGGGUUAAUGUCCUGGGACACUUACAGCAGGGUGGGGUCCCAACACCUUUUGACAGGAACUUUGGCACCAAAAUGGGUGUGAAGGCUGUUCUGUGGCUCACUGAGAAAAUGAAAGAGACCCACAGACAAGGCCGUGUGUUUGCCAACGCUCCAGAGACAGCAUGCGUCAUUGGCAUGAACAGGAAAGUGAUGUCCUUUAGCCCAGUUACGGAGCUCAAGGACCACACUGACUUUGAGCACAGGAUGCCAAAAGAGCAGUGGUGGAUAAAUCUGCGUGUCAUGCUGAAAAUGCUGGCCAAGUACCAGACUCAUUUUGAUGAGUAUGUGACCGGGGAUAUAGAGCACGUGACCCGCCGGACCCUCAGCAUAGAGACUGGAUUCUGAAGAGAUGAAAAUACACUCCCUCCACCAGAGGGCGCCAGAGCUAACAAUCCUGCCAUUCCAGUACUGACAAACCCUGAAUACCUCUUUCCCACCUGUGAAAUUUUAUAGUUCCUAAAAUGGAGCUGACCUCAGUAGCACAUUUAAUAAUCCAUUAACGUAAUGGCUGUAAUGAUACCCCCUCUAAUCGUGCAGAUAUGUUUCUCUUCUUGAUUAAGUUUGAACACUAGUUUGUUUCCUUAUUUACAGUGUUAUAGUACGUAAUUGAUGUGAUGCUGUUUGAAAUGUUAGCGAUCUGGUCCCUCUGUGCCUUUGUUGUAUAUUUAGUGUUAAAUGCCAUUGCAGUACAUGUGCACUCGGUAGCGUUUAUUGCACUCACCGUACUGGAAUCCACUGUAUUGUGUUAUGGUUCUUUUUCAAUGUAACUAUAACCCCAGUAAUCAGAAUGCUGCAAAUGUAUUUAAAAGUAACAAAGAUUUAGUAUUUCUUUAUGUGAAAUUAAUAUAUGCCAGUGUGCACUAGAUCUAAUCUCCAAAAGGGACUGUCCAGUAUUUUUAAAAGCAAUCCGAACCUUCCUGCCUAAACCUGAAUCUCUUUCUAUACAUGUAUGUUUGUAACAGUCAUCUCUCUCUUUGUAUUGAAGAUAAAAGUAACACUUGAAAUUUUGAUGCUGUUCUUGGAUAAAUACAUUCUAGUUCUGCUUCCA